UAUGAUGCUAAGUGGCUGAAACUAACCCUUCAAAUCCUGACCCCCUGGUUUCAACCCUAGGCAAGGAUUAGCGAACGGCGGCCAUAUUGGAAUAAUAUUUACUGUCGCUCGUUUCACGUUGCUUCCGGUAGCAAAGGAACGGCAUAACAAACCACACGAGUUUUACGAUUUAAAAAGUUGAAACUAUCAUAUGCAGAACUGGCGUCAGAAAUGUCAGGAUUCACUGAACCAACACUGCUGCCUAUGCCAGUGAAGGAGAUAAAAGAAGAAGAGUUUGAUGAUUUCCAUCAGGAACAUCUGUUUGCAGUUCAGAAAGAAGAAGAAAACCCUGGACUGGAUCAUGACUGCAAGACUGAAACACACACAUCACUAACAUUUAACUGCAAAGAAGAAAAGUCUCCACUGAUGGAAAUUAAACAGGAGGAAGAAAAGUCUCCACUGAUGGAAAUUAAACAGGACGAAGAAUCUGAUAUAAGAGAGCAUCAGCUGAUAGACUCUUCUCCUACAGAAAUGGAGUUUGAAAUGUCAGGAUUUACUGAACCAACACUGCUGCCUAUGCCAGUGAAGGAGAUAAAAGAAGAAGAGGUUGAUGAUUCCCUUCAGGAAAAUCUGUUUGCAGUUCAGAAAGAAGAAGAAAACCCUGGACUGGAUCAUGACUUCAAGACUGAAACACACACAUCACUAACAUUUAAACGCAAAGAAGAAACGUCUUCAGUGAAGGAUAUCAAACAGGAGGAGGAAUAUGAUGUAAGAGAAUAUGGACAGAAAGACUCUUCUCCUACCGAAAGCAACACCGAUGAGAUGAGACAUGCUGUGGAAAUUGAACAUCAUUGUAAUGAAUGUGGAAAGACCUUCACUAGGAUGGAUCAUCUCAAGACUCACCAGAGGAUCCAUACUGGAGAAAAGCCAUAUCAGUGCACUGACUGUGGGAAAAGUUUCAGGACUAAGCAAGAGGUCACCAUCCAUCAGCGCACACAUACAGGAGAAAAGCCAUAUCAGUGUACUACAUGUGGGAAGAGUUUCAGGACUAAGGCAGACGUCACCAUCCAUCAGCGCACACAUACAGGAGAAAAGCCAUAUCAGUGUACUACAUGUGGGAAGAGUUUCAGGACUAAGCAAGCAGUCACCAUCCAUCAACGCACACAUACAGGAGAAAAGCCAUAUCAGUGUUCUACAUGUGGGAGGAGUUUCACCACUAAAUCAAAGAUCACCAUCCAUCAGCGCACACAUACAGGAGAAAAGCCAUAUCAGUGUACUACAUGUGGGAAGAGUUUCAGGACUAAGGUAGAGGUCACUAUCCAUCAGCGCACACAUACAGGAGAAAAGCCAUAUCAGUGUACUACAUGUGGGAAGAGUUUCAGGACUAAGAUAGGGGUCACCAUCCAUCAGCGCACACAUACAGGAGAAAAGCCAUAUCAGUGUACUGCAUGCGGGAAGAGUUUCAGGACUAAAUCAAAGAUCACCAUCCAUCAGCGCACACAUACAGGAGAAAAGCCAUAUCAGUGUUCUACAUGUGGGAAGAGUUUCAGUAGUAGCUCAAAUCUUAGUCAACAUCAGCACACACAUACAGGAAAAAAGCCAUAUCACUGCACUACAUGUGGGAAGAGUUUCAGUAGUAGCUCAAAUCUUAGUCAACAUCAGCACACACAUACAGGAGAAAAGCCACAUCAGUGCACUACAUGUGGGAAGAGUUUCAGUCAAAGCUCAAAUCUUAAGAACCAUCAGAAAUUGCAUACAGGAGUUGACUAAUAGAAAUGCUAAAUGGACCGAGUAUGUGUUUUUAUAAAAUCAGAGCUCAUGUACAGACAACUUUAUUCAGCUAAUGCAAGAUGAAGAACAAGUACCACAUCAUCCUUGACCAGAAGGAUGAAUUGCCUGUGUGAUACAAUCAGCUGUGGCUGCCCUCCAUGAUCUGAUUAAGAUGCAGUUUGUUUUUGCUUUUCCCCUUGUCCUUCGUAAUUUAUAAUGUGCAAUAACAUAUGUUAUUUGAACACCUAUGAAGUAGAUCCAUUUUUUGGCCUUAUCACAGUUGUAUAUUAAUUCGCCAAACUUGUUGUGAAUUUUAAAUGAACUGUCAUGUUGCAUCCAAGCCGUAAAAUACAGAUGUACAUAACGUAGCAACAUUUAGCAUAUGACAGAAAUGCUUUUAGCGAGUUGGAUGGUAGUAGGCUAAGUAAAAUAACAAUGUUUCAAAGACAAGGUACAUCAGAAUCCUGGGAUAUGCCCGCUUGACCACGAGAGUGAUACAACUAAUGCCUGGCCUUUGGCCAUAGCAACCAUCCAUUUAGAACUAGUAACAGCAAGUUGCAAAAUUGUUAAUAUGUGACGGAAAAAGUAGUUCUACAAACACAUGUCAUGCUAUUCUUAUGACGGGUACAUGUCACUCUUAUGUAGACCUCUUCAA